GGUGCCGUGAGGGGUUCCGCGCUGACCUUUGUCCUCGGCGAGGCGGUGGGCCGCGGCAGCUUCGGCCAGGUCUUCAAGGCGCUAGAGCAGAAGACGGGGCGGAUCAUCGCCGUGAAGCAGGUCCCCAUCAACAAGAUGGACGAGAAGGACUGCAAGUUCGAGCGCGCCCUCCUGAACGAGAUCGAGAUGAUGCGGGACCUGACGCACCCGCACAUCGUCUCGUACCUGGGCCACGACCGGAUGGACAGCUGCCUGCUGCUGUACCUGGAGUUCGUGGCGGGCGGCUCCGUGUCCACGCUGCUGAAGGACUUCGGGCGCUUCGAGGAGCAGCCCCUGGUGGCGGACUACGCCAGG